GUCCCGGCAUCGCGGAAAACUCUCCCUAGUUAGGGUCGGCGUCCGGCCGGCUCGAGGCGCGCCCCGCGCUCAGAAGGCCCCGGCACCCGGCGCUGCUCACCUGGGCGCUCGCCAGCCUGGGGACCCGCUCAGGCGCCGCCGCAACCUGCCGCCCCCAGCGCCGCGGCGCGCCCCGGCCCCGCGCCCCCAUUGGCCCGCGGUCCCCCACGCCCCGCCCCCAGCGCCCCUAUUGGCUGUUCAGUGCGGGUGUUCCGCCCCCUCCCCCGCGCCCAUUGGCUGUCUCUGUCACGCCCCUCCCCGACCCAUUGGCUCGUCGCCGCGCCCCGCCCCCCAGGAUACAGGUGUGGGCGGGUCGGAGGGAGGGGCCGAGCCGCGGUUCCCGCCCCCACCUCCCCACUACUGCGAACAACGCGGAAACGCGGUGGCUGCGGCCCAGGGGCAGGCGUCGGGGCAGGUGUCUGGCCCCGCUCCUGGGCCGACUUCCUCAGCAGCCUUCUAGUGUGGCUGGUUCCCGCCCAGGGAGGGUCUCUGGCUUGAGAUCCCGCAACCCCCGCCUGCGUCCAGGGGCAGCGGGGCCAGCCCCUCCCCUCGCUUCCCGGGCCAGCCUUUGGGGCCUACCGCAGCGGCAGUAGCCUGGACGCGCAGGGGUCGCGGGGUCGUAGGGUCACCAGUCGCGGCGAGGGAGGUGGAGCCCUGCGGAGCUGGCGGGCGCAGAGCCCUGGUGCGGGAGGUGCCCGCUCAGGAGAAGGCCCGGACUCUGGCUGAGGCUCUCUCCGGCACCUUCCUGCCCCUUUUGGACCCAGUGCCAGGCCUUGCGCACAGUGAAGCUGGCUGGAAGCCGCUCCUCCACCCCCUACCCUACUGUCCCGCCCAGGGCCCCGCAGCCUCGCGGUCAGCUGUGUGGGCCAUUGAUUGCCUGUUCUGCCCAGCUCAGAAAGAGUUGUGGGCGUGGAAGGGCCUCCUGCCCGCCUGUCUCCUGUGCUCCGCUAGGGAGCCCUUACAUAGCCGAAAGUUGCAGAGAUGAAGGGUGAAGGCUGAAAUGAUUGGGUCUUGUGGGUCAGGUCUGGGACCUCGCUUUUCUUCUGGAGCAGAGGGAAUACUUGUCAUGGUAAUGGGGUAGCCCAGAGGGUGUGGAGAUGGCUGGGAAAGGUGAGGCUUCAGUUUGGGGGUCAGGUAGGUGAGUGCUUGUCACUAGUCAAAGGAGCUGUGGGCUGGGCCUGGCGGUGGAGGCAGGUGCCUGUAGUCUCAGCAAUUCAGGAGGCGGAAGUGGGAGGAUCACUUGAGCCCAGGAAUUCGAGGUUACCGUGAGCUGUGAUCACACUAAAGCAUUCCAGCCUGGACAGCGGAGCAAGACCCUGUCUCUAAAGAAUUAAUUAUUAAUUUAAAAACAGGCUGUGGGCAGAGGUGUACUAUUGCCAGUUAGCCUUUAGCACAGUCCCCAGCUUAUCACUGUUACCUGUCUGCUUCCCCCACACACCCAUGGCUAUGCUGGGCUGGCUCACAGGCAGCAGUGCCCCCAUAUUUAUCCCGCUGGCUGCCAGGCUAGGCAGGGGAUUCUGGGGACUCCCUCAGGGUGUUGGCCACUAAGUGGUCCCCCCGUAAGCUGAGCAGUGGCUCAGCUUCUCACGCCUCCUCCAGGCUGGGCUGGCCCAGAACUCACCCAGGGGCCUGGUCUGGGGUCUCCCUGGAGGCUCCUGGUAACAAACAGCCCCGCCCCUUCUGGCUGCUGGUAUCCAUGGCAACGGUAUAGAGCCCCUCCCUCUCAGGCCUGCUUGGAGGUCCGGCCUCAGGUGAGUGCUGGUCGGGCCUCAGGUAAGGCCCUGAGCUGGGGGGACAAGAGAGAGAAAGAGGGACACCACAUCACAGGCAAAGGGCCAGCACCUGGGUGGCAGGGGGACACGCCAGGGACAUGUGGGGUGGUGACCUGCUGCCCCAGCCUGGUCAGAAACACACGGGUGUGGACACCCACAUGUGGGUCCCUUCAGAGAACGACACUCUGUGACUAGUGCCGCCUGGGCUGCUCCGCCCUGUGUGGCCACACGAGGCUCACACGGCAGAUGGGCCCCCCACCCCUCCCAGCUCCGAAGAACAUAGAGAAUGGCCCCCAUGUCUGGCCAGGGGGUUGAAGAAGCCGAGGAAGAGGCUCUCCUGUCCCCCACAAAGCGAGAGUCAGUCAGUGGUCACCUGGGACCUCCAGCAGGUGCACCUGCAGCCCCCGAGAUUCCCACGUGCCUGCCAGACACCACGCCCCACCCCGCACCAGUGGGCUGCUCUGCCCACCCACAAGCCUGCUGCUGCUGCAGGUUAGCUCUUGAGUCCCUGGACCCUCGCACGCUGCGGCUGCUGUGGAGGCAGCGAGAACUGGAGAUCCAGGCCUUGCGGUGGGCCGUCCAGAAUGGCCAGGACGCCCGGCUCUGCCACAUCCUGGAGGAGGUGGCGGGGCUUCCACCCAAGAGGAGCUCCCACAGUCAGGAGAAACUCCUGCAGAACCAGGUCCAGAAGCUGACCCUGGAGUUGAAGGAACAGAAGGAGCGAGCCCAGUGGGAGAAGGAGCACCUGGAGGAGCGGCUGCUGCAGACCACCCGCACGCUCCAGGAGGUGGAGGCUGAGCUGCAGAACUUGCAGGAGUCCUGCCUCCUGCAGCUGGCCCGCUCCUCGUGGGUGGGCCGAAUGCUAAGAUCCCAGACUGGCAGUGUGGAGGUGAGCCUGUCCCCAAGCCCUCCUGCCCCAGGCUGCCCUCCCAGGCCUCCCCCUCUCAUCGGGUGCCUCUGCUGGGGCGCCCUGACCUGCCUGGAAGCCUGGCCUGCUCAGGCUGUCUCUGGAACUCUGGGCUCCAGCAGGGAGGAAUCAGGAGGCCUCAAAGCACAGGUAGUGACGGCAGAGACUCUGAUGGACCCAAGUGACCUCUCUGAAGACAUUCAGGCCCUCACUGGGGAGGGCUUUCGGCUGGAAGACGUGGACUGGAACAGCAUUGCCCACCGGUACCCCAACCUCUUCACCAACAUGGAGCCCAGCUCAAAGCAAAAGCAGCCACGGCCCUGGCCACAGCUGGACACAGGGAGCUCAGAGUCCUCCAGAAGGCACUCCGAGCGGCAUCAUAAGACCGUGGAGUGGGGCUCCCUGCCCUGUCUGAACACCAGCAGCUCAGGGGGCACUGACUCCGACUCCAGCAGCUGCCGGCCGGGCCUGCCUUCCUUCGUGCAGGUGAUAGGGCACCCACCCCAGGACCACCGCGCUUCCUCCGAGCAAGCGCUGGUGCAGGCCCGGAGCUCCAGCAGGGACUCAGAAGAUCUCCAGAAAACCCACUCACCCGGGCACGGCCAGCGGGUCCUGUCGCCCCAGCCCUGCACAGACCCCGACCACUGGAGCCCGGAACUCCUGCAGAGCCCGACAGGCCUGAAGAUCGCGGCUGUGAGCUGCCGGGAGAAGUUCGUCCGCAUCUUCAACGCAUCGCAGGAGAGCACGGCCGACCUGAGCGGCAUGGUGCUGAAGCAGCUGGUGCGCGGCUUCCCGGAGCGCCUGUACCGCUUCCCGCCGGGCACGCUGCUGGCCCCGCGGCACCACAUCACGGUCUGGGGCGAGGCGACCCGCAGCGCCAAGAAGCCCCUGCGCGCGUCCUCGGGUCGGGAGCCGGUUCCCCGCCUCUCCAGCCGCGGCUGCGCGAUGCUGCUCCUGAGUCCCAAGGGCGAGGUCCUCAGUGAGCACCGGAUCCCACGCCGCGAGACUCCGGCCCCGAGGGUCUUCGCCGACGGCACCGACUUGUCCAUCGACCGCUUCCCGCUCCCUGAGGCCGGGCCCGGCGCCGACACCCGCAAGCCGCCGCGCCCACCUCAACCCCUGCGCAAAGGCCGGGUGCGGGAGCCCCGGGUCAGUCGCCAGAGACUAAGGACGCGGGGCCUGCUGCCCCCAAUGAGCUCGGGGAAGCUCUUCCACGCGUGGGAGGGGCCCGCGCGGCCCGAGACCCCCGAGAUCCCCGCGCUGCAGCACCUGCCAGCCAUUCCGGGUGACCCCACCCUGCCAUCGCCUCCCGCAGAGGCCGGGCUGGGCCUAGAGGACUGUCGGCUCCAGAAAGAGCACCGAGUUCGGGUGUGCCGGAAGAGCGUGGACCGUAGCUGCCCCUUGGUGGCCCUGUCGGUGCAGAGCACGGCGGAGAGCAGAUUCGGCUUCCGCUUCCUCAGCUGCCUGCCGGUCACCGCGGACACUUGCCGCGGCGCCUAGGGGCGGAGGAGCGGGGCCCGGACCGCGAGGGAGGGCGCGGGCGGGCGCCGGGGCUGGGCGGGCUGUGUCCGCUGCAUCAUUUAUUGAACCAACGUGGCCUACAAAGUAAACCGCAUUCUAUACACCUGAGAGUUGAAAAUGUCGCGCUUGGGUUCCGGGGCGUCCUGCGCCAAGAGGAGGGAACGGGCCGCCCUAUCGCGGCGCGGGAACCCUACAGAUCCCCCAGAGACGGGAGGCCUGGGCCGCACCCCCGGCGGCCUCAGGCGAGCAGCUGGGACCUUGGGCCACUGCGGCCUAGGAGGUGGCUCUUACCCUGGGGCCGGCAAGGGAGUGAUGGACUCGCAGCUCCAGCGCCUGCCCCUCGGCCAUGCCCAACUCUAGCAGGAGAGGCCUCUGACAGGCCUGCUCCGGGUGAC